UUUUAUAACACUUGUCAGUUCACUAGUUGAACUUACAAAACGGUUCAAAGAAUGAAGCUUGAGGAGCUUUAGGUACGCAGUUCAAGAAUCAAGACUAGGCAAGAAAAUGAUAGUCAAUGGCAUAAAAUCCCCUCCCUCCUUACCGUUGAUCUUAGUACUUUUAGGCUUGAUCAGCACGAUCAACGGAUCAGAGUUCUCAAUCAUCGAGGCCACAGUCGCCGACAUUCAACGCGCCUUCGCCGACGGCCGGCUGACUUCGCGGCAGCUGGUCGACUUCUACAUUGACCGGAUCGAGAGCCUGAAUCCCCUGCUUCGCGGCGUACUGGAAAUCAACCCAGACGCGCGAGAUCAGGCGGAGAUAGCGGACAGAGAGAGGAGGGAUGAGGCAAAUUGUGGCCGUGGGUCGUCGUUGGGAGAGCUUCACGGCGUGCCGGUGUUGAUUAAGGAAAGCAUAGCGACGAAGGACAAGAUGAACACGACGGCGGGGUCGUACGCACUGCUGGGAUCGGAGGUGGCGAGGGAUGCGACGGUGGUGGAGAGGUUGAGAAGCGCAGGGGCUGUGAUAUUGGGGAAGGCUAGUCUUACCGAGUGGUACGGUAUUCGCUCUCCGCUCAUUCCCAAUGGUUGGUGUGCCAGAGGGGGACAGGCCGUGAACCCUUAUGUUGAGUCGGGGGACCCAUGUGGAUCAAGUAGUGGGUCCGCCAUAUCAGUUGCAGCAAACAUGGUGGCAGUGUCUGUGGGAACUGAAACUGAUGCCUCCAUCAUCUGCCCAGCCAAUCACAACUCCGUCGUCGGAAUCAAACCCACCGUUGGCCUCACCAGCCGCGCUGGCGUUGUCCCAAUCUCCCCUCGUCAGGACACAAUCGGGCCCAUAUGCAGGACAGUUUCAGAUGCAGUUCAUGUGCUUGAUGCAAUUGUGGGUUAUGAUCCAAGAGACCAUGAAGCAACAAAAUCGGCGGCAAAGUUCAUUCCUGGAGGUGGUUACAAACAGUUUUUAAACAAAGAUGGGCUAAAAGGGAAGAGACUUGGAGUUGUAAGGAAUCCAUUUUUAGAUUCUUAUAAUAAAUCCUCUGCUAUUUCAUCCUUUGAGCAUCAUCUUGACACAUUAAGGCAAAAAGGUGCAACCAUAAUCGAUAAGUUGGAGAUAGAAAACAUUGAUAUCAUUCUGGAUCCUUAUCAGAGUGGAGAAGCAGUCGCACUAUUAAGUGAGUUUAAAGUCAACAUAAAGGAAUAUCUCAAGGAGCUAACAAAAUCGCCUGUGAGGUCUCUUGCAGACAUCAUUGCCUUCAACUCGAACAACCCUGAUUUGGAAAUGAUUAAGGAAUAUGGGCAAGACGAGUUUCUUAUAUCGGAGACGACGAGUGGCAUUGGAGAAGACGUGUUGAAGGCAGUGGAGUUGAUGAAGAAAUUGUCAGAAGACGGAUUCGAGAAACUAAUGAAGGAAAAUGAGUUAGAUGCAAUGGUGACACUGGGAUGGGGUGCUUCGACAGUGCUGGCAAUUGGAGGUUACCCAGCAAUUACUGUGCCCGCUGGUUAUGAAAGCGAUGGAAUGCCCUUUGGUAUCUGUUUCGGAGGAUUAAAGGGUGCUGAGCCCAAGUUGAUUGAGAUUGCUUUUGCUUUUGAACAAUCUACCAAGGUGCGAAGAGCUCCACCGGUCUUGAAAGUGGGAUAUUGAGGAAUAAUUCCUGAAAAACGACGUGAGAAUGGAUUAUUAAUGUUUGCUGAGGGUGAACUACCAUUUUCUACAUUGUAGUUUAACACUUUAUCGAAUUGGUGUCUUUGUUGCUGAAAAUCACUAAAAUAGUCAUUUAAGGCCUCCAGAAAUUAAAUAAUACAAAGAUCUAGCAAUAAAAAACAAAUUUUGAGACGCACGUCAGCUGCUUUGAAAAUUUAUCCAAUUGUGAUUUUUUUUUUUCCGGCUGAAAU